UCAAGUUGUCUUGUGCUGGAGCCAAAGUGAAUGUCCACCAACUCGUCCGUGGCAGCCGCAUGAUUUUUAAUAAUUAUACUUUAUUUAAAACAAGUGCUACUUUAAAAUGAAAUUAAUAUAUUUUACGUUCUUGAUUGUACCGGCGGCUUUAUUAUGCCUUGGAAGCGGUAACAUCUUAGCUAGAGCAGAAGAGGAUGAACUUGAUGAUGUUGUCGACAUUGAAGGAGAAGACAACCAGGUAGUCGGUGACGAUGCUCUCGUAGAUGAUGAUGAGAGUGUUGUUAAGUCAUCUCAGGAUAUUGAUACAACAAUACUGUUCACCAAACCUGUGCCUAGCUUGGGUGACUUAACUUUCGAUAUUCAAGCUGGUUACCCAGUGGAAUUUUUUGUGGGCUUCAUCAACAAGGGUUCCGUAGACUAUGUAGUAGAAUCCAUGGAGGCAUCUUUCCGGUAUCCAAUGGACUACACAUACUACAUUCAGAACUUCACCGCGUUGCCUUAUAACAGAGAAGUUAAGCCAAAACAGGAAGCCACCUUUGCCUAUUCCUUCAUCCCCAAUGAAGCUUUUGCUGGAAGACCUUUCGGAUUAAAUGUGCAGCUUAAUUACAGAGAUGCCAGCGGAAAUGCUUACCAGGAAGCAGUCUACAACCAGACACUCAACAUUGUGGAAGUAUCCGAAGGUCUAGAUGGAGAGACAUUCUUCUUAUAUGUCUUCCUUGGUGCUGGUGGAGUGUUGGCUCUCGUCGCAGGACAGCAAGCCCUCGCUUCAUUGGCCAGACGUAGAUCACCACGUUCAGUGUCUCAGCCCGUUGAAACUGGAACAGCCAGUGAAGUAGACUAUGACUGGCUACCUAAAGAAAUUGUGAAUCAACUCAAAAAAUCUCCCAAGACGCCGAAGCAGUCGCCGCGCGCAAGGAAAGCAAAGAGAUCAGCAGGCGACGACUAAGAAGUCGUUUGAAGUUAUGAUUAAGAGAGACAUCAAGCACAAACCGGUUGUUCAUACGAGUGUGUGCGAAAUGACUGAAAUAAAAAUAGGCCUGCAAUCAUGCUUACCUCAUUAAGUUUUUUAAAAUAAAUAGUUUAAUAUUUGAUUUUUGUAUUAUUUCUGACACUUUGGCUGUAUAAAAUUAGUUUCUUUGCAUUUGUUAUUUUUUUGUCACAUUCGUGACAUUUUAUUCCGAAAAAAGUAUUUUGACAGUUGCACGCCUAUUGAUAUGUCAGCCAUGGAUUUCUUAACGACAGACUGUGUGAUUGUAAGUGGUGUUGUGUUGUGUGAGCUAACUUAUGGAACAAUUUUGAGAGCUGUGCGUAUAACAACGUGUGCGACUGUGAGCAUUAUUUAAUAAAUAAAGAACGUUACAAUUU